AUGCCUAUUCAACUUCAAUCGUAUGACGCUUAUUCCUUAAUAGGUCUUCCGCCCGCUGCAGAGGCCUUCCACGCUUACCUCACAACGGUCGUACCAAGCGGAAACCUUGUCCCGGAACCGACCAUCAAGUCAUUCAGCGACUGUACCUACUAUUCAUAUCACACACUCGGUCUCUCAUUCUGCUUCAAACCUACAAAACAACCAGACAAUAGUACCACAUUGAAUCUAGAUUCCAUAGACAUAUACAAUGGUCACACCCGCGAUGGAUUUCAACCAUUCACAGGUCAUAGCUAUCCAUGUGGAUUGACUGCCACAAUGGAAGCCCAUGAGAUCGUUGCCUUGCAUGGCGAACCAGACCGAAAGGGCGGAGGAGGAAAGUCACGUAUGCCCUGUUGGAUAGAAUACCAAUUUGAGGAAGAUGGCCAAACAAAAGGAGGUAUACUUAUUCAAUUGCAUGGCAUUGAUUGGGAAGAUCGUGAGAUGGGCUGGACGAGUCUCGUACUGUUUUGA